CGAAAACGAAUCUUAAGAUUAUAAGUUAACAUCAUUCUAACGCUCUAUAAACAUUAGUAUUUAUAUUUUAUAAGUUAAUUUGAUUUUUGACUUUUGAUAAUAAAUGCCCAAAUGUAUAUUGAUCUGUUAAAUGCAAUAAAUAGAUUAAUUUAUAUAGUAUAUUACAAAUACAAAUGAACUUUGAGUAAUUGCCUUAAUUUGAGAAGUGGAUGUUAUAAUCAUAACAAUUAAAUAAUGUUUGAAUCUGAUGACUACGAUCAGAUUUUGUCCCAGAUCGAUUUUCCUGACUUGAAUGUUAAAAUUUCUAAAAAUAUUCAAGAAUCGAAAAAACAAGUGGAUUCUGAUAAUGGUGAAAUUGGAAAGGAAGUUUUAAAAAAUGAUAGAUCAGUUAUAUUUGAAAAAAGUUCUUCAAACAAAAGCAACCAAAAUGUUAUACGGGACAAUUUUGCAAAAAAUAAAAUCAAAGAAACUAACAAUAUAUCUCCAAAGCAAACAAAAAGAAAGAUUAUAAAUUCUUAUUUUGAUCACAAUAGUAAAAGGAGGUUUCCAGGUCCAGCUGGUCUGUUAUCAGGUAACUUUGAGGAGAAAAAAGAUGAUGAUGUUUGUCAAAUCGAGCUUCUCUCGCAGGAUAUAGAUUUUGCACAAGGUUACUUGCAUGGUAAUGUCUUUGAAACUCCACUUUGGAAGAGACUCCUAGAAGACACAGCCUGCUUAAAACAAAUAAAUUCUAUUAAGGCGAUAAAACUCCAGGCACUUGCUGGAAACCUCCAUAGAAAAAAGGCUCAAUUUGUUAUAGCUUUUGUUGAAUCAGUUGACAGAUCGGCUAUUGACCCAUUAAUAACGCUUAGAGAUAAAACAGGAAAUAUAAAAUGUACUCUUCAUAGAGAUGCAUGGACAGCAUUUUCCGCAUAUAUUGUAUCAGAAUAUUGUGCUGUUGUCCUCUCAAAACCAACCGUUCUUACAACAGGUAGUGCAUUCAAGAAACAUUACUUAAAUAUAACAUUGAGUAAUAUUGAAGUUAUAUACAGUUCAGCUCAAAUAAAUCAUAACGAAACAUUACCAGAUGGAUGGCAAAAAAUUUGUGAGGAAGAAUAUACUAUUAUCAAAAUAGAGAAAUCAGAAAAAAAUUCUAACAAUUACUCAAUUACAGAUGAUAUCGAUUUUAUAGAAGAUCUUGAUGAUGUGUUUUCUAAUGAUCUAUUUUAGCAUUGUUUAUUAAAAACAUAAACUAAGGGCUGACAAGUAUAACAGCUUACAAAUGAUAUGAUCAAAGUUUAAACUGAAAAUUAAACUGUCAUAAUCAUUUGGAUAUAUUCAUACAAAGUAUUAAAGUUAUCUAUUCUAUUAAUAGAAUGUUUUGCCUGGAUUGUC